AUGGUAGAACUAGCAGUUCUUCAUCCUCAGGAUUGCCUCAGAGAUCACCUUCCUCGCCGAAAACCCAAUACCAAUUCCAAUAAGACUUCGAAUCGCAGAAAACGAAGCCCCGAGAAGAACAACAACAACAACAAAAACAGCAACAAUUUUCCCGCAAAAAAACCAGUCAUGGGACAGGUGAAGAUCCUGAAACGCGGCGAAGAAUUGACGACGGCGAUGAAGAAUCAAGUAGAUGAGAACAAGGCCAUAAAUUUGGUGGUGCCGAAACAGAAGAGGAUCGGCGAUUUCUAUGCUGGGUCUGCUUGUAUUUCGUCUCCAUCGCCGAGUUCUCUGCCUCUCCCUGCUUUCUUCACUAAGAAAAGUGUUUUGGGUACCAACAAUAGAAAUGCUACGACUGAUCUACGGCGACUUCUGGGGCUUGACUUGCUGUGA